UGCUACGUGACUGAUCUCGCCGAGAGUAACCUCAUACUGAGCGAGCAAAACAACCGUUUCAGGUCCUUCGUUGAAGGCCGCUUUUCAUUUAUGGUCUUGUUCUAGUUACUUCAACCCUUCUCCAGAAGAGUGUUCAUCCAUUUUGCGAGCAGACCCAAUAUAAUGAAGAUCCUACUUACCGCGUGUGUCAUAUGGAUUGUGUCGAACGCUCGCGACGUUGAAGGUGCGUGCAAUGCAAGCCUGGGAAUGCAGAACAAGAAAAUUCAGGACAGCAGCAUCACAGCAUCGUCGCAAUUAAGUAUAAACCACGUCCCUUCCCUUGCUCGACUGGACGGUGUGCAAGGGGCCUGGUGCUCGGCUCCGACCGACAAUCUGCCCUACAUAGAAAUACUGCUGAGCGAGGAAAAGUUUCUUACUUUGAUUAAGACGCAGGGAAGCAAAAAGGACUUAAGAUGGGCAACGAAGUACGAAAUUCGAUACCAGAAGGAUGGAAAAUGGAUCGUUUACAGGAGAACGGACGGAACUCAGACAUUUGAUGGAAAUGUUGGCAUAGCCUCCGUAAACGGUAUUGCACUCCAACCUCAAAUUAGAACACGUUCGGUUCGUAUCUACCCAAAGUUUCCACUUUCUUUGGAUGGUAAUGCAUCUCUGGCAAAUGUUUCCUGUCUCCGCCUGGAAUUAUAUGGCUGCUCUGCCCCUGUUGAUGGCUCAUGGGGAACGUGGACUCCUUGGUGGCCAUGCAGUGUGACCUGUGGACGUGGAAAGCGGUCACGUGAACGAUUUUGCGACUCGCCAAUGCCUACCAAUGGUGGUGCACCGUGCAACGAGAGUGAAAGAACUGAAGACGAAUAUUGUAGAUUACAAAAGUGCAUUAAACCAGCUGUCGACGGAGGCUGGGGCAAUUGGGGUCCUUGGUCAGAAUGUAGCUUGACGUGUGGAAUUGGAUUGCGGGCACGUGAAAGGAAAUGUGAUUCACCUGAACCAAGGAAUGGGGGAGUGCCGUGUGACAAGGCAGAGCGAAUGCAACAGAGAUCCUGUAGGGAAGCCACUUGCGGAGGCAAUGACGUGGGAUUUUCUGGCUCAGGUUAUGGCUGGGAAACUUCUUCAGAUACUUCGGGAUUUUUUGAAGAAGAAAAUGGUUGGAAAGUAUGUUGCAGAACUAAAUCUGGUGAAGAGAAACACCACCAGGGACUCAGCGAUGACGAGGACUUCACGGUUAAGUCAAGUCUUGAUGAUUAAGUCUUCGCCACGAACUUGGAAGGGUGUCAACAGCUUAACUGUCCAGAACAGACAAUAACAUCGAGCUUUUAGACCUUCAGAUUGCGCUUAAAGCACUAAAACCUUUUUUUUUUAUCGUUUUAGAGGAUUAACCGUCUAGCAGUUCACAGUAUCUAGAAGCUGUUUCUUCACUAAAAACCAAGACACCUGAUGUUAAUGUUUGACAAUUGCGAAUACGUCCAAAUAAGAAAAGUCAUAUGCAAAGGUUGCUACAUCCUAAUUAAAUGCGUAACUUCGUUCAGUAUUCUUUUGUAAAAGAUAAACUAUAGUUCAUAACUGAUCUAGCAAAAUUCAUGAUUACUUAGCUACCGUUGUGGAUAUAUUCAUUACUAAAUUCAAUACCGAGGUCGAUACUGUCUUUUUUCUGUACAAUAAUCAUGUGCGGAAACUAAUGAAGCCACUUAUUAAUAAUAAAGCAGCAAUUUAUUUCAAUUUAGAUGAAAUAAUUGCGUUAGUUCGGAAGCGAAUCAUCGACUUAAGAAUCGUUCAAAUCCUCUCCAUCAUAAUACGCAGAUCAGCGAUAAGCUAUUGACUGCAGUUCAGCGAAAUAUGGUUCUCAAAUUGAAACUGCAUACUGAUUUUAUCGACUGGAUGAGCAAAUGAGAAAGAUAAGAUAAGCUAUAGUUGAUAACUGAUCUGGCAAAAUUAAUGAUUACCUAGCAACCUUUGUGGAUGUAUUCAUUUCUAUAUUCAAUACCGACGUCGAUACGGUCUUUUUUCAGUACCAUAAUCAUGGGCGGAAACAAAUGAAGCCAAUUAUUAAUAAUAAAGCAGCAAUUUAUUUCAAUUAAGAAUAAAUUAUGCACGGCCAAAAGUCCUAAGGACUCCCAACUGCAAACAAAGUUUAGAAUAAAUAUAACUUAUAUAUAUAAAUAUAAAUAUAAAUUAUAUAGAAUAAUAUAACAUUCGUAAUUCAGAUGAGCGUGUUCGUGGUUCGAGUAGUGAGCCAUUUAUUCGCCGAGUGUGUUAAUGUUAAUUAUUUUUAUUUGAGCUUUACUAUUAUUGCAGCAUUUUCUCUUCUUUUCCUCAAGAGUUCUAGUCAGUUAAUUUAGUCUAAAAUGAUUGAUAAUUUGCACCUUUUGUCGUUAUCAAUCCAUCUUCAGCCCGGGAGAAACUGUGAGCAUGAAUUCACUUGUGCAUCGCUCCUUAAGCCUGAGACGAUUUCACGAUGUCAAUUUCGCAAAAAACCUUGAGCAUGGUGAAAAGUUUAUCGGUGGAUUUUACUUCAAAUUUCAUGGUGAUUCAAACAAAGACUUACGCUUCCUGUGUAUCAACAUUACUUAAAUUUAUUUCUGAUAAAUCAGCGGCGAAAAAGCGAUGAUCUCUCUCCAUAAUCGUUUUUGUUUUACCUUGAAACAAUCCUUCGCCAUACAGUUGCAAUGUUCGCCCCGUGGCGAUCCCAGAAA